CCUCUUUAGGAAAUGGGAGGAGACUGCGGUUACUAUAUGGGAUUGAUGGAAUUAGAGCCCAGAGUGCCUUUCUUCUGACCAUUCUCACCUGCGCACCAAGCAGGGCAUGGUGAUUCCAUGCUUAUUGACCUGGAUUGUGGCAUGGGGACUGUGGAUGAUGGUAACUGGUGGGCCUAGCCACUCUUUGGCCCACCACAAACUGGUCUGGGGACAUGGCCCGAAGGGCUCUCAAGCUUGCUUCAUGGACCGGCAUGGCUCUUGCUGCCUCUGGCUUCUUCCUCUACAGCAACAAGUACUUGGAUCCUAAUGACUUUGGUGCUGUCAGGGUGGGCAGAGCAGUUGCAACGACAGCUGUCAUCAGUUAUGACUAUCUCACUUCCUUGAGGAGUGUCCCCUAUGGUUCAGAGGAGUACUUGCAGCUUCUAUCCAAGGUGCACCUCCGUUCUGCCAGGCGUCUCUGCGAGCUCUGCUGUGCCAACCGGGGCACUUUCAUCAAGGUGGGCCAGCACCUGGGCGCUCUGGACUACCUGCUGCCUGAGGAGUAUACCAGCACGCUGAAGGUGCUGCACAGCCAGGCUCCACAGAGCAGCAUGCAAGAGGUCCGCCGGGUCAUCCGUGAGGACCUGGGCAAAGAGAUCCAUGAUUUGUUCAUGAGCUUUGAUGACACCCCCCUGGGGGCCGCCUCCCUGGCCCAGGUCCACAAGGCAGUGCUGCAUGAUGGGCGGACGGUGGCUGUGAAGGUCCAGCAUCCAAAGGUACAGGCUCAGAGCUCGAAGGACAUUCUCCUGAUGGAGGUGCUCGUCCUGGCUGUGAAGCAGCUGUUUCCAGAGUUUGAAUUCAUGUGGCUGGUGGACGAGGCCAAGAAGAACCUGCCUUUGGAGCUGGAUUUCCUCAACGAAGGGAGGAAUGCCGAGAGAGUGGCCCAAAUGCUCAAGCACAUUGACUUCUUAAAGGUCCCCCGCAUUUACUGGGAGCUGUCCACCAAGCGGGUCCUUCUGAUGGAGUUUGUGGAUGGCGGCCAGGUCAAUGACAGAGACUACAUGGAGAAGAACAAGAUUGAUGUCAAUGAGAUUUCACGCCACCUGGGAAAAAUAUACAGCGAGAUGAUCUUUGUCAAUGGUUUUGUGCACUGCGACCCCCACCCUGGCAACGUGCUGGUGCGGAAGCACCCGGGCACAGGAAGGGCAGAGAUUGUCCUGUUGGACCACGGGCUCUACCAGGUGCUUACGGAGGAGUUUCGGCUGGAUUACUGCCACCUCUGGCAGUCGCUGAUUUGGACUGACAUGGAGAGAGUGAAGAAGUACAGCCAGCGCCUGGGAGCCGGGGACCUCUACCCUUUGUUUGCCUGUAUGCUGACGGCCCGGUCUUGGGACUCGGUCAACAGGGGCAUCAGCCAAGCUCCGGUCACCGCCACUGAGGACUCAGAGAUCCGCAACAAUGCCGCCAACUACCUCCCCGAGAUCAGCCAGCUCCUCAACCACGUGCCUCGCCAGAUGCUGCUCAUCUUCAAGACCAAUGACUUGCUCCGUGGGAUUGAGGCUGCCCUGGGCACCCGUGCCAGUGCCAGCUCCUUCCUCAACAUGUCACGUUGCUGCAUCAGAGCGCUGGCCACGCACAAGAAGAAGAGUACCUGUUCGUCCUUCAGAAGGGCCCAGAUCUCUUUCAGCGAGGCCUUCGACUUAUGGCAGAUCAACCUUCAUGAACUCAUUCUGCGUGUGAAGGGGUUGAAGCUGGCCAGCUGGAUCUUGGCCUUUCUUUGCUGGCUGUUGCCCACUCCAUACUGAGUGGACUUGCUGUCCCCUUUCCCUUUCCAGUGUGAUUCUGUGGUGGGCAAGUUGACUUUUCACUCCACUCCUCUGUCAUGUCUCCACCCAGGUGCCCUAUUUCUGUCACAUGGUGGCCUGGGACCCCACGAUCAUUGUCCAUGGCACCACUAUACUUCACACCUCUGGAAUCCCUCCCCUAUGCUGUAGCCCUUGUCUCUGGGCCCACAAGCUGUCCCCUGCAGUAGGCUUCUCCCCUGAUCCAGGGAGAUGGCCCACCACUCUAGGUGGGUGCCAUGGGGCUGGAUGUCACCCUACUUCCGGUAACAACUCCUGUUGUCAGCAUGGACCAUGAAUCCCACUGACUUCCUACAUGAAUUCCUACAUUUAACUUGUGGGCACUUUGAUUUUGUUGGAAGAGAGCAUUGUUUCUGAUCUUGCUGGGAACAGAUUCCCUCUCCUUGUCCUGUCAUUCCCCAGAGGUGUUGCACCUGAGCAAGGUGGCUCGGCAUCCAGGGCAUGAGUUCACUGCUGUCACGGUGACCCCUUUGGUGUUUUAUAUACUGUGUUUCAAUAAAACCCCUUGAGGGUUGCAGGGAA